CCUCUCAAAACUUCAGAAAACAUUAGGGACUUGUUUUGUUGAAGAGAUGUUUUUAGCUCUGAAAGCCAAAGGGGGUUGUGUUUUUAAUUACAGCCGAGUAGUUAAGUUCACACCUUCAAAGACGCUCUUUGACUUCUGACAUUUUUGUUGAUGGUCUUGUCAUUUUUGUCGUUUUUUUCCCCCUCUCUCCUUUGAAACGGAUUAUUCUUCGCAAAAGAUGUGUUCUGGUAGGCCAAGCCCAGACUAGCAUUUUCUCAUUUUGUUUAUAUUAAAUCCAGUUCAACUUUAAGCUGCUGGAGACAGUCAGUCUUUGUCAUGGGAUAAUUGAAUUUUCCUAAAGCAAUUUCAAGGGCUUGAUUGAACUUUUGGAUGGCAGAUCUGCAUCUAGACUCAAGGCUGUAAGAAAAGAGAAAUAAAAUCUGACCUGAUCUCUUAUAGUUAUCAUGGGAAAGGAGCUGGAGAGUCACUUUAAAAGAAACACUAGCGGUCCUCACUAAAGCUCCAAGACAAACCACAAGAAUUCAAAGCAGCACUUGGAGUUUCUCUCUGAAUCAUUGGAUACCAGACGAGCAUGAGGAACUGUUCUGUUUAUUACCUUACCGGUAAAUACUUAAAAUCCUGGGAAGCAUGAUGGAAAGGCUGUGUUUAUAGAUUCCAUAGAGAUUCAUAUUAUUGGGAUGUUCUGUAAUAAUGGACAAUUGUAUUAUGCUAGUCAUUAAAACAUGCACAGAAGUCAGGCCAAUAUUUCACAUUUGCUUUACCUGAGGUAGCUCAGGCAGGGUGUGGAUUACGGAGGGUUUUUGGGAGGCUUCGAACACAAACGGUUGGAGGUUUUAGAAAGUACUUCUAGCCCUACUAAACUAUUUAAAUACAAUAUACUUUCCAAAAAAAAAAAAAAAAAAAGGCUUCUCAAACAUUUUAGUGAUCGCAAAGCCUAGCCAUAACGUCCAAAAAGACACUCACAAACUGAAAUAGCUGUCGCCUGAGAAGGUAAGCACCAAAUAUAACUAUAGCUACAAAACAUAGUGCUUGUUUGCCUUUAUUGUAUAUUUAUUUUACCUGUAGAUUACAAAAACGCUGUUUUAAAAGGGUUUAAAGACAUUCGCCGCGACACCAAAAUAAUUCGAUUUACGCACGACGUACCUUCAACGAAUUCGCGUCGAAAAACAAUCCUUUAGAAAAAACUGACCUCCUUGAAAUAGACUAUACGAGUGCAUAAAUUAUAUGUCAGGCAGCGUAUGAGGAGGUAAAAGCUCCUAUCUGACAGCAGAGGAGCUCAUUCACCUGGUGAACACAGAGCGCGAGCAGCGCAGCCUACGCACUUUGGGUUUGUCCCAUUGCAAGAGACGCGCUCAGUGCGCGCGCUCCCCGAGGACAUCCAGAGGACCGGGCGUUAGAGGAGCGCUUCCGACCCUCUCAUCUGUCAAUCAACCAUGUGGUUCAUCAAUCUAACUUUGCUCGUUCUCAAACUGUCCGUGUCUGCGGAAGGAUUCUCCACGUGCCAGUCCUACAACUUGGACGACCACAAAUCCAAAAGGAUCGAGGCGGUGCGCGGGCAGAUUCUGAGCAAGCUACGCAUCCGGAGUCCACCGGAUCCCGAAGCCAGCCCGACACCGUCGGUACCGGUGGAGGUGAUGUUACUUUACAACAGCACGAAGGAACUGCUGAAGGAGCGCGCGCGCCAGGCCGAAGCCGCGUGCGAGCGUGAGAGCAGCGAGGAGGACUAUUACGCCAAAGAGGUGCAGCGGGUCAAUAUGAUGCCACUGCGCACAGAUACGAACUCAAUCAACCCGCUUCCUCAGAGCCCGUACUUCAGGAUAGUGGGCUUCGACGUCACCAACGUGGAGCGAAAUUCCAGUACUUUGGUCAAAGCAGAAUUUCGCAUCUUCAGAGCUCCAAACCCACAGGCGCGAACCACAGAGCAGCGCGUGGAAAUAUACCAGAUUCUCAAAUCUGACGAUGUGACGGCAGCGUCUCAGAGGUACAUCGACUCCAGAACAGUAGAGCCUCGAGCCAAGGGGGCGUGGCUUUCUGUCGACGUCACAGAGACUGUGAAGGAGUGGAUGGCGUUCAGAGAGAGAAAUCUUGGGCUCAAGAUCAGCGUUCACUGUCCUUGCUGUACAUUCGUCCCCUCCACAAACAAUAUUGUCCCUAACAAGAGUGAAGAGUUGGAAGCCAGAUUUGCAGGCAUUGAUGACGACCUUAUAAAGCAGAACAGAAGACCAGGUGUGACUAAAGGACAGAUUGAAUUUAGCACAAAAACCCCCCAUUUGAUACUAACCCUGCUGCCUACUGACCGCCUGGACAGCCCUGCCAAGAAAAACCGCAAGAAGAGAUCAGCAGCAGACACUUCAAUAUGCUCACGGACCGAUCAGGGUUGCUGUCUGAGGUCUCUGUAUAUUGAUUUCCGCCGGGACUUGAACUGGAAGUGGAUCCACGAACCGAAAGGUUACAAAGCUAAUUUCUGCGCGGGGAACUGUCCUUACUUAUGGAGUGCAGACAACCACUACAACAUGAUUCUCCCGUUGUAUAAUAAAAUGAAUCCAGAAGCAUCAGCAUCUCCAUGCUGUGUUCCCCAGGACCUGGAGCCCCUCACCAUUGUUUAUUUCCUAGGCCGAACCCCCCGUGUGGAACAGCUCUCCAACAUGGUGGUCCGGUCCUGCAAGUGCCGUUGAUUCAGCUGAGAGAGAAAAGACAGAGAUCUCAGAUGGAGGACAGAAAACAGGUGGAUGAGAGGAGAGCAAAGACAUAUAACUCACAUCUUAAAUGGAUAGUUCACCCAAAAAUGAAAAAAAUUCCAUCAUCAUUUACUCACCCCCAUGCCAUUCCAAACUUGUAUGCAUUUCUUUUUUCUGCAGAACACAAAAGAUAUUUUGAAGAAUGUUGGAAACCAAACAACAUUGGAGCCCAUUGACUCAAAAGAUGUGAAAAGUCUUAGACAUUCCUCAAAUUAUGUUCCACAGAAGAAAGAAAGUCAUACAGAAUUGUAACUUUUGGGUGAACUAUUCCUUCAGACUUGUACGGAUAAGAAAUAGCAUAUAAUUAUUCAUCAAGCAUCAUCAAUACAGGGACCAAAACCUCCUGCAUUAGCCACAGUGUAAUAAAUAAGCUUUUUUGACUAGUAUCUCCUGGCAUUCUCAGUAUAGCAACAGUGACACACACAAUAUACGACAGCAGUGCAUCCUUUUUUAGAUUUUGUAUGAAGUUUACUGUAGAUCGGUUUAUAUUUUUGGAAUUUGCAAAUGUAAAUAGUUUUUUUGUUAUGUUUAUAUGUGUUUAUAUGCUAAAUACAAUAAAUUUUGAUUAUGUAA